ACUUUGGAGCAUCACAGCCGAGCCAGUUGCUGUUUGGUGCUUUGGGGCUAUCAGAACCAGAACCCCCGUUCUCGUUCUCUCUCUCUCUCUCUCUCUCUCUCUCUCUCUAAAUCAGUAAAUCGGCGUCGUUUCCUGCUUCUGAGACAGCAGAAAAGCAAACCCGCCGCCGCGUCUUCCGCCGUCGGGACGGCAGAGUAACCCCCACCACCCCCAUCAUGGCGACGACCUUGGGAGCAAACACAGAGUGUUCAAGGUGUGUUACUGGACUCUCUUCUCACAGACCACCGUCGUACAUCUCCGAACCCAACUUCAAUUGCUCCUCAAAAAGGUUUCUUGCAAUACCAAAAUUAACUUGGAAAGAAGCGGGUGUUAGGGCAACGGUCUCAAUGUCGAGCAAAAGCAGCCAUCGAGGUGAAACAGGUGGGCUUACUUAUAAGGAAGCUGGUGUUGAUAUAGAUGCUGGGUCUGAACUUGUUCGGAGAAUUGCCAAGAUGGCUCCUGGUAUUGGCGGAUUUGGAGGUCUUUUCCCUCUUGGAGAUUCGUAUCUUGUGGCUGGGACAGAUGGAGUUGGUACCAAACUUAAACUCGCAUUUGAAACUGGAAUCCAUGAGACAAUAGGGAUUGAUCUGGUUGCAAUGAGUGUCAAUGACAUUGUUACUUCUGGAGCAAAGCCUUUAUUUUUCCUUGAUUAUUUCGCCACAAGCCAUCUCGAUGUUGAUCUUGCUGAAAAGGUUAUAAAAGGCAUUGUUGAUGGUUGCCAACAAUCUGACUGUACUCUUUUGGGCGGAGAGACUGCAGAGAUGCCAGAUUUUUACGCGAAGGGUGAGUAUGAUCUUAGUGGUUUUGCGGUUGGCAUUGUGAAAAAGGAUUCGGUUAUUGAUGGGAAGAACAUCAGUGUUGGAGAUGUCCUCAUUGGCUUGCCAUCCAGUGGAGUGCAUUCCAAUGGUUUCUCUCUUGUUAGAAGGGUUCUUGCUCGAAGUGGCCUUUCUCUGAAGAACCAACUUCCUGGUGGAUCUGUUACACUAGGGGAAGCUCUGAUGGCCCCCACUGUUAUAUACGUUAAGCAGGUGCUUGAUAUUAUUAGCAAGGGAGGUGUGAAAGGAAUAGCUCAUAUUACUGGUGGUGGUUUUACGGAUAACAUACCUCGAGUGUUUCCCGAAGGCCUUGGAGCUGUCGUCUACAAGGACUCUUGGGUAGUCCCUCCAGUGUUCAAAUGGAUACAGGAGGCGGGAAGAAUCGAAGAUGCUGAAAUGAGGCGGACUUUUAAUAUGGGUAUUGGGAUGGUUCUUGUUGUCAGCCAAGAGGCAGCCCUUAGAAUACUAGGGGAUGCACAGGGAGCACAUACAGCAUACCGUAUUGGCGAGAUCGUAAGUGGUGACGGAGUUAGUUAUUCGUAGAAUUUGUCAUUAACUUAGUACUGCGAUGCUGUUUAGAUUUCGUUUUUCACUUCUUGAUGAGUUGAGAUAUACAAUGGAUUGCGGCUUCUUCUUUUUUUGUUUGGGUGUUUGAACUUCUAGGUUGUAAUGAGACUUACUUUGUGGCUUGAGCAAAACCUCCCUAAUGUCUGGAAAUGCUUGAAGUAGGCUUAUAAUGCUGUAUUUUACUUGUAUCCUGGAUACUUUUGACAGUUGACACAAAUAUUGCCAAA